UUAAUCAUUUUAAACUGGGAGCCGCGCGCAUGAAGGAACAGUACCCUAUUUGACAACUGAAGCGCCACUGAUGAACGAAGGUAGAUUUUUUGACAUGCGACGUGCGUGCUCUUCAAGGACCCUGGUAAAGGAUUAUUAGAAUACGCACACGGCACACAUGUUGAACCAUGAUUUUUGUCGGUUCGUUUGCAAGUUGAGUCUUUUAGGCUAUAACAGUUACAUAAAUAUAUACAUCACUCUCACAAUGGAGAACACUUCUGCAGCUGCCAUGGAAUUCAAUGCCACUGCCAGGGAAGGCGAAGUCCAAUCCAAGAUGCCCCUGAACUCUCUGGAGGUACAGGCUGUUACUAUUCUGCUUGCGCUGAUCAUAUGUGGAGUCGGCAUCGCGGGUAACGUCAUGGUAGUACUAGUCGUGCUCCGGACAAAACAUAUGGUGACCCCAACGAAUUGUUACCUGGUGAGUCUGGCUGUUGCGGACUUCAUCGUUCUCUUGGCCGCGGGUCUACCCAACAUCUCUGAAGUUGUCGCCUCCUGGGUGUAUGGUUACGCAGGAUGCCUCUGCAUCACUUACCUGCAAUAUCUGGGCAUCAACGUCUCCUCUUGCUCAAUCACUGCGUUUACCGUCGAACGAUAUAUUGCCAUUUGUCACUCAAUGAAAGCGCAAUUUAUCUGUACCGUGUCCCGCGCGAAGAAGAUCAUCGCGUGCGUGUGGAUUUUUACUUCUCUGUAUUGCGUAAUGUGGUUCUUUUUGGUGAAUACCAGUGAGACGGUGUAUGUCGAUGGGGUGGUGGUCAGGUGUGGCUACCGUGUCUCCAGAAACCUCUACAUGCCUAUAUAUUUCUUGGACUUUUCCUUGUUUUAUAUAAUACCACUUAUGUUGGCCACUGUGUUGUACGGUCUAAUUGCCAGGAUUUUGUUCAUGAACCCUCUGCCCUCCGACCUCAACGACAGAGCUGGUCAUUUGUCUGUUCAUCGAGGACGGACAAACAUAAAAAUGGGGGUCAGUCAAUCGAAUAGAGGGGUAGUUUCAUCAAGAAAACAGGUCACAAAAAUGUUGGCAGUGGUGGUAGUUCUGUUCGCCCUGCUCUGGAUGCCUUACCGGACGCUGGUGGUGGUCAACUCCCUCAUGGAUCCUCCAUACCUCAACACCUGGUUCCUGCUCUUCUGCCGCAUGUGCAUUUACGUCAACAGCGCCAUCAACCCCAUCAUCUACAACCUUAUGUCCCAGAAGUUCCGUGCCGCCUUCCGGAAGCUGUGUCACUGCAGGCGGCAGCCGCCGCCGGAGAAGGUGACCAGGUACAACGUUCAGGUGUACUACAGCGCCAUGAAGGACUCCCAGGAGAGCGCUAACAAUCGUGUCAGCGAGCGGCGGGACGUGAACUUGACGGACGUCAGCACCAUGUUUACUAUCGCCUGAGGUGUCAUUGUCAUCUUUUCUCAAAAGUACAUGCGUAUGAAAAUAAUGGUAUUGUAUAAGGUGUUCAUAACUUUGGCCUAGGUGUGCUAAUGUGUUUGUGGAGUUAACUAUUAUUAGUCAGCAUUAAAAAAAAAUAUUUUGCCCAUUACAUUUUGAUAGCAAAUGCAAAUUACAUUUUGAAUAAUAGGCUAUAGCAGUUGUCGCAGUGCCUAUGUACAUCCUAA